UCCGGACAAUCCCUUCAAAAUUGGAGAAGCUUUUGACAUGUUUAUUGUCAUAAAACCUGAAGGAUAUCAGGUAUACGUGAACGGCAAUGAGCACUACCUAUUCAAGCAUCGGAUACCACUUGAAAAAGUGUCUGCGAUAACUAUUAGUGGUCAUGUGAUUCUGAACCUUUUUGCCUUUGUACAAAAGUGGAGCACAUCUAUAUUUGCUACGCAAGUGAAGAGGGGCUUCUUGAGCUGGACGCCUUCCACCAUACAUUCGCAGCUCUCACUACCUAUCCAAACUCCUGCCCUUCCUUAUGUGGGUCCGAUUUCCGGGGGACUGAAAGCAGGAUUGGCUUUGUACCUGCAGGGAGUUGUUGGUAGUAAAGGUCCCGGGUUUUUCAUAAACUUCAAGACCGGGCAGUCUGAAAAGGAUGAUACUGCUUUCCAGUUCAACCCCCGACACAAUUCAGAUGUGGUCAUGAACAGUUGCGAAAGUGGAGGAUUGGGUGCUGAGGAAUUUGGCCCUGACAACCCCUUCAAAGCGGGAGAAGCUUUUGAGAUGUUUAUUGUCAUCAAACCUGAAGGAUACCAGGUACACGUUAAUGGCAAGGAGUGCUACCUGUUCAAUCAUCGCAUACCGCUGGAAAAAGUUUCAGCGUUACAAAUUCAAGGAGAUCUUGUCGUCAAACUUCUUGGCUUCAUAAAAAACUGGAACAAGCUGAGCUUUUUGCGCUGGGGCCUUUCCACCAUCCAGUCAGAGUUCUCACUUCCAGUCCAAAACCCUGCCCUUCCCUAUGUAAGGCCGAUUCCUGAGGGGCUGAAAGCAGGACUGGCCUUGUACUUUCAGGGAGUUGCUGGCACUACGGGUGACAAGUUUGGGAUAAACUUCAAGACCGGGCAGUCUGACAAGGAUGACUAUGCUUUCCACUUCAACCCCCGAUUUAACUCGAAUGUGUUCAUGAACACGCGCACAAAUGGAGUAUGGGGGGCUGAAGAAUUUGGUCCGGACAAUCCCUUCAAAAUUGGAGAAGCUUUUGACAUGUUUAUUGUCAUAAAACCUGAAGGAUAUCAGGUAUACGUGAACGGCAAUGAGCACUACCUAUUCAAGCAUCGGAUACCACUUGAAAAAGUGUCUGCGAUAACUAUUAGUGGUCAUGUGAUUCUGAACCUUUUUGCCUUUGUACAAAAGUGGAGCACAUCUAUAUUUGCUACGCAAGUGAAGAGGGGCUUCUUGAGCUGGACGCCUUCCACCAUACAUUCGCAGCUCUCACUACCUAUCCAAACUCCUGCCCUUCCUUAUGUGGGUCCGAUUUCCGGGGGACUGAAAGCAGGAUUGGCUUUGUACCUGCAGGGAGUUGUUGGUAGUAAAGGUCCCGGGUUUUUCAUAAACUUCAAGACCGGGCAGUCUGAAAAGGAUGAUACUGCUUUCCAGUUCAACCCCCGACACAAUUCAGAUGUGGUCAUGAACAGUUGCGAAAGUGGAGGAUUGGGUGCUGAGGAAUUUGGCCCUGACAACCCCUUCAAAGCGGGAGAAGCUUUUGAGAUGUUUAUUGUCAUCAAACCUGAAGGAUACCAGGUACACGUAAAUGGCAAGGAGUACUACCUGUUCAAUCAUCGCAUACCGCUGGAAAAAGUUUCAGCGUUACAAAUUCAAGGAGAUCUUGUCGUCAAACUUCUUGGCUUCAUAAAAAACUGGAACAAGCUGAGCUUUUUGCGCUGGGGCCUUUCCACCAUCCAGUCAGAGUUCUCACUUCCAGUCCAAAACCCUGCCCUUCCCUAUGUAAGGCCGAUUCCUGAGGGGCUGAAAGCAGGACUGGCCUUGUACUUUCAGGGAGUUGCUGGCACUACGGGUGACAAGUUUGGGAUAAACUUCAAGACCGGGCAGUCUGACAAGGAUGACUAUGCUUUCCACUUCAACCCCCGAUUUAACUCGAAUGUGUUCAUGAACACGCGCACAAAUGGAGUAUGGGGGGCUGAAGAAUUUGGUCCGGACAAUCCCUUCAAAAUUGGAGAAGCUUUUGACAUGUUUAUUGUCAUAAAACCUGAAGGAUAUCAGGUAUACGUGAACGGCAAUGAGCACUACCUAUUCAAGCAUCGGAUACCACUUGAAAAAGUGUCUGCGAUAACUAUUAGUGGUCAUGUGAUUCUGAACCUUUUUGCCUUUGUACAAAAGUGGAGCACAUCUAUAUUUGCUACGCAAGUGAAGAGGGGCUUCUUGAGCUGGACGCCUUCCACCAUACAUUCGCAGCUCUCACUACCUAUCCAAACUCCUGCCCUUCCUUAUGUGGGUCCGAUUUCCGGGGGACUGAAAGCAGGAUUGGCUUUGUACCUGCAGGGAGUUGUUGGUAGUAAAGGUCCCGGGUUUUUCAUAAACUUCAAGACCGGGCAGUCUGAAAAGGAUGAUACUGCUUUCCAGUUCAACCCCCGACACAAUUCAGAUGUGGUCAUGAACAGUUGCGAAAGUGGAGGAUUGGGUGCUGAGGAAUUUGGCCCUGACAACCCCUUCAAAGCGGGAGAAGCUUUUGAGAUGUUUAUUGUCAUCAAACCUGAAGGAUACCAGGUACACGUAAAUGGCAAGGAGUGCUACCUGUUCAAUCAUCGCAUACCGCUGGAAAAAGUUUCAGCGUUACAAAUUCAAGGAGAUCUUGUCGUCAAACUUCUUGGCUUCAUAAAAAACUGGAACCGGCUGAGCUUUUUGCGCUGGGGCCUUUCCACCAUCCAGUCAGAGUUCUCACUUCCAGUCCAAAACCCUUCCCUUCCCUAUGUAAGGCCGAUUCCUGAGGGGCUGAAAGCAGGACUGGCCUUGUACUUUCAGGGAGUUGCUGGCACUACGGGUGACAGGUUUGAGAUAAACUUCAAGACUGGGCUGUCUGACAAGGAUGACCAUGCUUUCCACUUCAAUCCCCAAUACAACUCGAAUGUGUUCAUGAACACGCGCACAAAUGGAGUAUGGGGGGCUGAAGAAUUUGGUCCGGACAAUCCCUUCAAAAUUGGAGAAGCUUUUGACAUGUUUAUUGUCAUAAAACCUGAAGGAUAUCAGGUAUACGUGAACGGCAAUGAGCACUACCUAUUCAAGCACCGGAUACCACUGGAAAAAGUGUCUGCGAUAACUAUUGUCGGACAUGUGAUUCUGAACCUUUUUGCCUUUGUUCAAAAGUGGAGCACAUCUUCAUUUGCUACCCAACUGAGCAGCUCCCUGCGUUGGUCGUCUUCCACAUCACAGUUGCAACUCUCAUUUCCAGUCCAAAAUCCUGCCCUUCCAUAUGUGGGUCCGAUUUCCGGGGGACUGAAAGCAGGUGUGGCCUUGUACUUGCAGGGAGUUGUUGGUAGUAAAGGUCCCGGGUUUUCAGUUACCUUCAAGACUGGGCAAUCUGACAAGGAUGACACUGCUUUUCACUUCAAUGUCCGAUACAACUCGAAUGUGGCCAUGAACAGUUGCAAAAACGCAAAAUGGGAGGCUGAGGAAUUUGCUGCUGACAACCCCUUCAAAAUGGGAGAAGCAUUUGAGAUGUGUAUUGUCAUCAAAAUUGAAGGAUUUCAGGUAUAUGUGAACAGCAACGAGAUUUACCUUUUCAAGCACCGCAUACCACUGGAGAAAAUUUCAGUGUUGAAUAUUUCAGGAGAUGUCGUCAUGAAUCUUUGUGACUUAAUUCAAGACUGGAGCACAUCUUCACUGGGCAGGAAAUUCUUCAGUCUGGGCAGCUCGCAGUUUGAAAUCCGCAGCUUCCAGUCAGACCUCUUACUUCCAGUCCAAAAUCCUAAAAUUCCCUAUAUUGGCCCAAUUUCUGGGGGAGUGAAACCAGGCAUGUCCUUCUUCUUGCAGGGUGUUGUUGCUAGUAAUGCCAAGAUGAUUGUAAUAAACUUCCUGACUGGGCCAUCUGAGAAUAACGACAUUGCUUUCCACUUCAACCCGCGAUUGGACCUUAAGGUUGCCAUGAACACCCGUAAGAAUGGAAAAUGGCAAAAUGAGGAACAAGGCUCAAUCAGUUGCUUUAAAAAGGGACAAGCUUUUGAGUUGCUCAUUUUCUUCACGCCCCAUGGAUACAAGGUGCAUGUAAACGGCCAAGAACUCUACAUGUUUAAGGAACGCAUAACUUUGGACAAAGUAGCUGCGCUUGCUAUCUCUGGGGAUGUCUCUGUUGGCAUCUUCGGUUUUAUGAUGGAAAAGGCAGGCAUUAGUGUUUCUCCUCCCACUUUUCAUUACACUCACGGGGAUAUGGGAGGUGCUUGUAUUCGUCCUUCCGGUCAUCACCGUGGUCAUCACCAUGGUCAUGACCGUGGUCAACACCAUGGUCAUGAACGUGGUCAACACCAUGGUCAUGAACGUGGUCAUCACACUCAACGGGGUCCUCCAUCUCAUGCUCAAAAACACUGUCAAAGAAAGUGACGAGUUUUGAAAAACAUGUGAAAAUCAUGCAUGUCUUCAUCCUAUCAUUUACACAUUAAGCAUGUCAGUGGGCUCAGCCAUAACAUUAAAGUUACUUGUUUUAUGGAAAUGACAUGCAAAUCAAAUAAAACUUUACAGCUUG